AUGGAUCGAUAUUUCACUGGCUGGAUGUCUUUUAACUCGCUGGGAUCAUAUCAUCUGUUCUGUACAUUUGCAUUCCCUCUUUGCCUCGCCCGACUCUUCCAUCAACCACCCAUAAUCCAACUCGCAAACAAGCGUCAACACGUCCGUCCAUCCAUAAUGCAAGAACUGGCUCCAAUUAGCCGACCACCUGGCUAUGGUAUCCUCAGGGUGAGAAAUCAGUGGGAAAAGGCUACAGCUGCGAUAGACAAACUGAAAUUGGGACCACGAGAAAGCGGGCAAAGACGGAAAACUGCCCUUGGCCUUUCCCUCGAUGGUGAUAUCGUUCCUUGUUCAGCUUCUCGAGCUCUUCAUCGUCGCUUUCUCGCCAGCAUUACCACUCGAAAGAUCCCCCGAUGGACAUGCAAGGCCGUCAGAUCUAUCGCUACGCCGUUGAUGUUUGAGAAUCUCCUCAUCGAUACACCAAACAAGAAAAACCCAUCGAAAUUCCUCAAAAUUCUUUCCUCGAAGAAGGGAUUUGCGAAAUACGUGGUGCAGCACCUGCACCGCGUCUCGCUGACAUUGCCAGGGAAAACUCUUCUAGGUGGGCGGAGGGAGAAGGAAUAUGAGAAGCGCCUCUUAGCUGCGAUAUCACAUAUGAUAUUGCUGAAGAGUAUCUCGUCCUCAGAUGUUCCGCUGCGAAUAAGCGUAUCCUGGGAUGGGAACCAGCCUACGGAAAUCCCCGACUUAAACAUUCAGCAGCUCCUCAGUUAUUUUGGUACGGGGAAUCUCGAGUACGCGAGGAUCCUCGUCGGCCCGAGCACCCAUCUCACCAUGCUGAAUAUCCACUACUCCAACCACUCACAUGGUCAAAGGAACCCCUCCACUCCUGUCAUCUAUGUUUUCUUCCACCGCUGUCGAUCUUCCUGUCUCACGAGCCUAUCUCUCACUGGAAAUAUCACAAUAACUACGCAGGAAUCUUUCUCGCUGAACCUGGACUUUAUCCGGCCAGGAUUCUGGAUGAAUUUGAAGCGUUACGGGGUCUUCAUCCUGGAGAGGUUCUCGCUGACGAUGUGGGAAAUUGACGCUGCCAUGUUUGAUUAUCUCUGUUCGCAUAUCGGACUAAUAAAUUUGUUCCUGAGGAUUAAGGAAGGAAAGACGAUCCAAGGGUAA